AUGUCCGAGUCUGUACAAAAGACCGAAGAUAUACCAACCACUACUGAUAAUACGAAUUCUAACACAGAUAAAUUAUCCACCUCGGAAAUUACGGUCGAAAUAGAAUUAAAAUCAGACGAAAAUAAACCAGAAACUGAAAUGGAAUCAAGAGCAAAUCUCCUUUCUAGCGCUUCACCCUUCGCGGGAGUUGAAGGAGACAUUGAGUCAGAUUCUAUAGGAGGAACACGAUCCAAUUCGGCUUUUAUUGACAACAACCAAAAUAACCAGAAUAUUUGGCAAAAAUCUAGUCAUCCUGUGGCUUUAACCUUCCACCUGCUUUUUCGGACCGCAGCUCUAUUGGUUUAUUUGAUCGGUACCCUCUUUACGGAUAAUUUUCCUUUUAUCUUUAUUUCAUGUGUUCUGUUAUUAGCAUUUGAUUUUUGGACGGUGAAGAAUGUUACUGGACGUUUAUUGGUUGGUUUGAGGUGGUGGAAUGAAAUUCAAGAAGACGGUUCAAAUAUGUGGAUGUUCGAAAGUAGAGAUCCUUCACGUCCAGUCAAUCAGACAGAUUCUCGUAUAUUUUGGAUUUCUUUAUAUGUGACAUUUGUAGUGUGGGCGAUUUGCGGGAUUAUUGUACUUUUUCAUCCACAAUGGCUAUUAAUAGUUGCAGUGGCAUUAGUUUUGAAUUUCGCGAAUGUAUUGGGCUACACGCAAUGUGACAAAGACGCAAAGAAAAAAUGGGCAACUGGAUUUGCUGCGCGUGCAGCCACCGGAAAUGCUGGUUUGGCUGGAAAAUUAUUCUCGGCUAGUUUCGGGAAAAUAUUUGGAUGA